AUGCAUCUUGGGGCGGCCGCUCCUUUGGAGCUGGAGAUGAAUUCAGAAGCUGACGCUCACAUUUGUGCCCCUUUCCCUGCCCUAGGUCAUGGCCGCACCUCAGCAGUGCCAAAGAGAAGGAACUUGGCUGCUGUCCCAGAUGGAGGAAAAUGCCAAAGUGACAAUGAUUAUGAAGACCCUGAGCUCCAGCUGCUAAAGGCAUGGCCAUUGAUGAAGAUUUUACCAGCCAAACCUAUAGAGGAAUCAGAAUAUGCAGAUACACGCUAUUUCAAGGAUAUGGCGGAGGCUGCCCUUCUGCUUCCCUCCAAGGCUUCUAUCCCCACUGAAAGGCAAACCUGGAAUGCAAGGACGAGGCGGCAGGAAGAAGUGGACAAGCCCAUCUUCAAGGAUGUCAGAAGCCAACGUUUAAAAGGAUUCAAAUACCCAGAGGUGAGCAAGAUUCCUUUGCCACCUCCUCGCCCUGCCAUCACCCUCCCCAAGAAGUAUCAACCCUUACCUCCAGCACCACCAGAGGAGAGCACUGCAUACCUUCCUCCAAGGCAUACCUUUCCAGAAGUCCAGAGGGGGCCCAGGCAGAUCAGCUCAAAAGACUUCAGUGAGGUACCUGGAGCAGAAGAAGGCUCUCAUCACCAGGCAAAGCCAGAACAUUUUCACCCAUCACCAAACCAGAACACUCAGAAGAGUCCGCAUGCCAUCGCCAGCUCUUCCCAUGUACCAGGAAAGCACAGUAUACAAGCCAGAGACCAUACAGGCAUCAGGCAACAUGGUCCUCCUCAGAGAUCCCAGGCUGCAGCCAGCCACGGUCACCAUCAUGUGCUGCCCUGUGAAAAUGCCAAUGCGAGGAGGAAACCGGUUCCCACGAAGCCUGAAGAGAAGGAUGUCCAGCGGUAUGAAUGGUACAUUGGAGAAUGCAGUCGCCAGGCUGUGGAAGAGGUGUUAAUGAGAGAGAGAAAGGAUGGUACUUUUUUGGUCCGAGAUUGUUCCACCAAAUCCAAGGCAGAACCGUACGUUUUGGCGGUGUUUUAUGGGAACAAAGUCUACAAUGUGAAAAUUCGUUUCCUUGAGAGCAGUCAGCAGUUUGCCCUGGGCACGGGACGCAGAGGAAAUGAGAUGUUUGAUUCUGUGGAAGACAUCAUCGAACACUACAAGUAUUUUCCCAUUGUCCUAAUAGAUGGGAAAGACAAGGCUGGAGUGCACAAGGAACAGUGCUACCUCACGCAGACUCUGCCUCUCACCAGGCACUUCCUGACUCAGUACUCCAGCCAGGCUCUCCAUGAGUAAGUAGGCCAGCCAGAUGUUUCCACGUUAGUAGCCGGAGCUUUGUCUCAUCCUCAGCUCAGCGGACUCAGUGCUUCUGUCAUCUGCAUUUAUCUCAAAUUAUUAUUUUCUGUGUCUUCAAAGGAUGACUUUUUGACUGUAAAAAAAAAAGAAAAGUAUUCUGUAAUGGAACAUGAGAGCUUGAUUAUGACUUGAAAGCUUAAGUCGUGGAAGAAAUACUUAUAACCUGCACAAAGUAAACCUAGCUUUUAAGAAGUAUUUUCUAAACAGAAAAAAACUACAGCUGUGGCUGUCAUAUAUUAGUGAUGAGUAGCUAAUGUGACAAGAUCUGACAGCUUCAGUGUUUGCAGCUGGCAGGAGAUCCCCCAAAGUGCUGCUCUGUUCAGGACAUCAGGCUGACUGUAUUUCGUAACCUCUUGGCCGAGGACGCUAAUAUUUGGAUGGUCCUAGAUGCUGACAAUGGUAGUGAAUAGUUAGCUCUACUUGUCUGUAAUCCUAGAAAUUCAAUUACAGGGAUAAGGUGUGGUGUGAGGAAGAAUUCCAGCAUGGAGACAGAGCAGAAAUAUGUGGACUAUGACAUGAAGAGGCCACAGGCCCAAACUUCAGCCUCCUCUGCGAACGAUGACUUCAGUGGAAGUCAGAGACUACUGGCUCAUCCCAGCCAUAAAGCAAGCAUUCGUGUGAGCAACAGUGAAAACAUUUUGAAUAUUUUAAUGGUACAUUUCCACUGA